AUGGCCAUCUUUGCGAUAGAGCACAUGGAAGGGCAGGAGUCGACGCCAGAAGCUCUGCCAAUCUGGAUCGUGCUCGAAUAUGCUCAUAUGCUACAGCUCGUAGCCGGAUCAAUCUCGUCUUCACAGCGAGAGCACACUUCAAGCGUCCUCUUCUCCAAUCUUUCGGACCACUCAGCGACCUACUUGACCAAGCAGCUUGAUGCGCGCAAAGCCACCGACGCGACCAAUCCCCACAGCCCAUAUGCGACGUCGACAACGAAGAUUGAGGCUUAUCUAGCUGACCACGACAUACCCAAGUCGAAAGUGUGCCUGCUUGAUCCUCGAGCACCUCAGGCGCUUUCGCCCGCUGAUGCUGCUCAUUUCGAUGUCUUCCUCUUUGGCGGCAUCCUCGGCAAUGAUCCUCCUCUGGAUCGUACCGGAGAGCUGCGCCGACUGGGAUUCCCAGGGCGGCAUCUGCGGGAGAUUCAGAUGACCACAGACACUGCCGUUGGCGUGACGAAGCUAUGCGUCGAAGACGGCCUCACACUCGAUCAGAUUCCCUUCAUCGAUCAUCCAACGAUAGAAUUCAAUCAGCAUGAAUCAACAGAGAUGCCAUUCCGUUAUAUCGUGCAGAAAGACAACGGAGGGCCUCUGAUGCCCACGGGUAUGAAAGACUGUUUAUACGAGGAUAUGAACAAAAGCUUUGAUUUCUAGUCGCAA